AUUUUGAGUUGUUUGUUCAGUGUGACGGCUUGUUGUUCUUCAGACACACACGCAGAGGGGAUCGAGGCCGAGGUGUCGGAGAAGCGCUCGAAAGACAUUUUAACACCUCUUAUUUAGUAAUGAUGGGUCCACCUCGAAGCAAAUCUAGCCGCUUGUUAGCCGAAAGAAGGGAGAAUCUGAACUGGUUUGUCACUUUAUCUUGACAUGGCACGAGAGGUUUUUUGGUCGGUUGGUUUUGACGACUGAGGGGGGGGAAAGCGAGCUAAGGCACCAACUAAGCGUUUAAUUUUGCACACGAAGAGUUUAUUUUUUACGAUUAAAGUGCUGUUUGAUAGGGGGGUUCAAAACGCGUACAAGGUUCCGAGUUUCAAGCCUUUGCACACCAUGAGACUCGCGUUCCGGUAGUUCCUGAAAGUGUAGCUAGACGUGAACUAGACACGCCACGCACUUCCCUUCCCUGCUAGCAUAACUAGCCCCUGAAGUGGAACCCGGGGAGAAAAUGUAACUGUCUUACCGUCAAGACUAGUGAGUUAGUUAGCUAGUAAGCUGUCCUGGAGGAAUUAUCAUUAGUCUGACAUGUAGCUGAAGGUUUCCUGAGCGUGGUGUGUGGUAGUGCUGGUAAGGUUUCGGUAGCUAAGCGGCCACAAAAGCCUGAGAGGAUGGUGAACUACGACAGCGAGGCCACAACAACAACAACAAGGCCUGGGUCACGUUUGUGGCCAUGAAGCCCAUCAUGUCGAGCGGUCUGCACCUUGUUCUUGCACCUGGUGCCAACUCUUUCAGGCAUCUCCGUUUCUCUGCCCUGGUCGGCUUCCUUCCCCGUCAUUCAGCUGUGCGUUACUGAGAGUUGUAAUACAUCAAUAUGAAAAACCAAUCACAUCUGUCGUGGAAGAGACUCCAACAUCCACAGUAGUCAGAUCUAGAAAGGAUUUGUUGUUUUUUUUUGGGGUGAUAGAAUAAGCUUGUGCAGCUUCAGGGUGUGAAAGCAAAAAAAAAAAAAGAGAGGCUAUACUUUUAGUUUUUUUGUUGUUGUUGUUCUUCCAAAAACUUAGUCUAGACAUGGAUUUCAGUUCAGUUCUCGUCAGCUCUGAAAAGCGAGGUUGAGAUUUCUCGAGCAUAUCAUCUCACUGCUUUUCCUAUUUGUGCAAAUUCGCCUUCUUUUUUCCCCUUUUUUAAUUUAGCCCAAAACACGAUGUGAUUAUUCCGCUUUAAAAUUGUUAACGCCGUCUCCCUGGCUGUGCGAAAUAACAUCGCUCUAAAAAAAAUGACUUGAUUUCAAUUGGAAAGGGUUUUUUUUUUUUUCUCAAUUAGGCUUUUAUUAGGCGUUUGCAGUUAGUGCCAGAUCUUUUCUUUUCUGUUUGUUCCUGUUACAACACCGUAAUCUGAACAGUGUAGCCUGCUCUUUGCAAGCCUUGAAAGUCUUGAAAGCGAAUAAGGUGAUUUAAAAGAUACAAGUCUUUUUACUAUUAAACAAUGGGAGACCCAAACUCUCGACGAAAUCAAACCCGAAACCGACUCCGUGCCCAGCUGCGGAAGAAACGAGAAUCCUUGGCUGACCAGUUUGACUUCAAAAUCUACAUUGCCUUCGUGUUUAAGGAAAAGAAAAAGAAGGCUGCACUUUUUGAGGUAGCGGAAGUGAUGCCUGUAAUGACUAACAACUAUGAAGAAAAUAUCCUCAAAGGAGUGAAGGAUUCAAGCUACUCCUUAGAAAGUUCUUUGGAUCUUCUUCAGAAAGAUGUUGUGCAGUUGCACGCCCCUCGCUACCAAUCUAUGCGCAGGGAUGUAAUAGGUUGCACACAGGAGAUGGACUUCAUUCUUUGGCCCCGCAAUGAUAUCGAGAAGAUAGUGUGUCUUCUGUUCUCCAGAUGGAAGGGAGCAGAUCAUGAACCCUUCAGGCCUGUUCAGGCCAAGUUUGAAUUUCACCACGGGGACUAUGAGAAGCAGUUUUUGCACGCUCUUGGCCGUAAGGACAAGGCUGGGAUGGUGAUGAACAACCCAAAUCAGUCUUUGUUUCUUUUCUUGGACAGACAGCACUUGCAGACUCCAAAAACCAAGGCCACAGUUUUCAAGUUGUGCAGCCUCUGCCUCUACCUGCCACAGGAUCAGCUGACCUGUUGGGGGGUCGGAGACAUCGAAGACCACCUUCGCCCGUACAUGCCAGAUUAGCAGACAUAGAAAAUUCCUGCUCCAAGGCCACUUGAAGCAAGUUGACCUCAUAGCCAUCUCAGUUUAAUAGAAUUGAACUUGUGUGGAACUCUCGUUGUUUGUUUUUUUUGUUAACCACUCAUUUUCAUUCUGAAGUUCAUUUUAGUACUUUUUUUUUUAUAUCCCACCUACCAGACAGUUUUUUUUGGUUCGGUUUGCUCAUUUAUCCCGCCCUUAACUUGUCUGCCUUUAUUUGAACUUGCACGAACAUUGUUUCUGAGUGGUUGUUCUCUCGGAGCAGCACUGUCAACACCACCCAAACACAGAAGGAACUCUUUAGUGGGGGAAUAAUAGCAAAAGCAAACCAAUUUCAGGGGGUUGUCUUAAAUACGGGGCCUCUUGUGUUGGACUGGUUCUGUUAUCAGUGUCAUGAGUGGAUAGUUGACCUCUAUUUUUUUGGGGGAGGGUAAGGAUAGUUUAAGAUCAACGACAAUCAGAGACGGGAUUAAACAGCCUUCGUAGUCUUAUUGAAAAGGCUCAUUUGAGUUGAGUAUGUGAACAAUACUUGUUAAACUUUGAUUUGGGGUAGACAUUGCUUCUCGUUCUUUUCAACUGCCUGAGGUUUGCUGGAAAUAUAUAUAUUUUUUGAGUGUCAAUCUUUGCUUAUUACAUGUUAAGCUCCUUCAUAUUUUUGUUGUAAUUUCUGAAAGAUUAAUGCCUGCUGGGGGUUAAGACGUGAAUAUGGACAUUAGAAGUGGGUCUGUUGGUUGAAUUAUAAUGCUCUUUUUGUUUUUGGGGGUGUGGGUAUUCUGAAACCAAUGAGCGGUUCAUGCACUAUUCAUUCAUGCUACUGAUACCUGAUUUUGUUUCUGUUGGUGGAUAUUCAGUGGGUAACUAAUGCUUAAAUUCAUGCACCUAACAACAAAAUAAUUAUUGUGGAACAAUUCAGUGCACCAUUACAUUUUGUUUGCUUUCCCCCCUCCCAUAUGUUCAUCCCUCCUUUCGAGUACUAAUGAUCAUAAGCUAGCUUUGUUGAGUAAUAAAGCAUAAAAAUCUA